UGGAGAUGGACGGAGAGCGGAUGUCGCUGCCGAAGCUGGAGGGGGUGAUCGUCCUGAACAUCGCCUACUGGGGCGGGGGCUGCCGGCUGUGGGAGGGCACGGGCAGCCAGACCUGCCCCCCCGCCAGUCACCAGGAUGGGCUGCUGGAGGUGGUGGGUGUUUAUGGUUCCUUCCACUGCGCUCAGAUCCACGUGGGUCUGGCCGACCCCUUGCGGCUGGGACAGGCCCACACUGUGCGGCUGACCCUGAAGAGCUCGGUGAUGCCGAUGCAGGUGGAUGGGGAGCCGUGGGAUCAGGGUCCCUGCACCCUGCUCAUCUCCCACAAGACACGGGCCCUCAUGAUCCAAGCCCCCCCCGGAACCAGCGACCAGGAGGAGGGGCCCGAGGGCAGCCAGGAGACCCUCAGCACUGAGGGCCCCUGACCCCGGACCCCAAAGAUGCACUUUAUUUACUGUGGCGGGGGAAGUGGGGACCACGGGGGUGGGCGACUGGGGGACGGUGCCCACAUAAGCCUGGCCACUCUUCUGCACUGGGGAUCGAGACCAGACCCUGGGCUAGAAUCCCCCAGUGAGAGGGUGUAGAGGCACAGAGCCUGCACCCAGUCUCCCCCACACCCUCCCCCUGCCUCGGCUGUGGGCAGUGCCCACUCCCCCUCCUUGUCCAGGCAGUGGGCAGUGCCAAUGAGCAGUCGGCUUGACGGUGCCCCUGCCGUGGGCACCUUGGGAACCGCUGCUGGCACAGUGUGGUCUGGUGACCAACAUGGGUGGUCUGGGCGCAGUGACCAUGACUUGACGUGUGUGGGCAGUGACCGGUCACGAGGUUGGUGUGUGUGUACAUGUGUGGGUGCAUGCAUACGUGUGUGUAAGUGUGCACGUGUGUGUGUACGUGUGUGCGUGUGUGUACAAUUGGGUGUGUAUGU